AAUAAUUGCCUAUAAGAACUUUAUACAACUCUCCGUUGCACAACCAUUUUCACCAUUUUUGUUCCCAGUAGAAAUGUGGAGCAACCUUCCAUUUGACGUUCUAGCUAAGAUCUUCUCCUUCCUCUCCCCGGACUCUUUGGCGCGUGCCAGAUCCACUUGCCGGCACUGGAACUCGUGUGUCGACACCUACCCCAUCACCACCUCCUUCAUUCUACUGUCCCUGCACCACCGAGCUUGGUUCUUGGCUCUCCCAACUCGAAACCGUGGCCAACACUGCUAUGUUUAUAAUCCGGUCAUCGACAACUGGCACCUGCUCUCACUCGAUUUCUUGCCUGACCCGGUACGACCCGUUGCAUCCAUCGGCGCCCUCAUCCUUGUGAGACCAACAAAUUGUACAGUUCUUCAAUUAGCUCUAUGUAACCCUUUUACUAGGCAAUUUAGGUACCUUCCAAUGUCAAAUAUCAGUAGAACGAAUCCGGCGGUUGGCGUUGUAACAUUAGACUCAGUCCAACACGGUCCAAACCCGAACUUCAGAGUUUACGUGGCAGGCGGGAUGUCCGAAGCACCACGAGGGGGUGCCAUGUACGAACUCAAGCUGGAAAUGUACGACUCGACGGACGACACGUGGCACGUCGUGGGGUUCGUGCCAACGGAAUUUGCUGUGAGACUAACUGUGUGGACACCAAAUGAGAGUGUGUACUCAAACGGGGUUCUCUACUGGAUGACUUCAGCCAGAGCUUAUAGUGUAAUGGGGUACGAGAUUGAUGGCCACAGGUGGCGAGGAUUCGGUGUUCCAAUGGCGGACAAGCUUGAAUUUGCGGCGCUGUUGUGCCGCAAUGGUGGGUUGACGCUUGUGGGUGGAGCAAGUGAAGGAGAGGCGUGUAUAUGGGAGCUGAAGGAGGGGGAUAGAUGGGGGUUAAUCGAAAAGGUGCCAAUGGAAAUGGGGAGAAAGCUUUUGGGUGGGAAGAGGAGUUGGGGCAGCAUUAAAUGCGUGGGCAGCGAAGAGGCCAUUUAUCUGUACAAGGAACUUGGGUCAGGAAUGGUAGUCUGGAGAGAAAUGGAAGAAAAGGCGAGAUGGGCAUGGUUUUGGAUUGAAGGCUGUCAUUCCAUUGGUGGUAACCAAGUUCCAAAUUUGCCCAUUAAGGGUGUUUUUCUUCACCCAAAUCUUUUUCCAUUUACAUUCUGAUUUUUUUUAUUGCAGACCGUACUUCGCAACUUGUAAAAAAUGUGAGUCAUAAAGUAUAUUUGAUUUGAUGUUUAUGGAUGA